AUUAAUAUUUCUCAUUCCAAUUGUGGCACAUAUCGAAAUACUGAGCUCGAUAUCUUCCUGUUGGGCCCGAUUUUGUACUUGAGUUUUUAAGAAAUCGCUUUAAGGCGGUAUAAAAUUGGUUAGGCGGUCAAUAUUUUAAACUCUGGGACACGUGGACUCUGGGACACGUGGAGAGAGUUGAACAACUUUUUAGCAACAUUUAUAGUAUAGAUUGUCUAUGUUGGAAUAAUUUGGCCGAUUGGUUCACACCAACAACCGAACCAGAACCAAAAACCAAAAACGUCGGAAUUACAUACUAGAAUAAAUAAAUUUAUUGUAAUAUGAGGUUUUGAACUUGCGACCUUGAAGACAAGCUCCCACGUCCACGUACAUUUGGUGACAAACAAUCUCUCUUUUCCAAAAUUUGCCCGCCAUUCUCUCUAUCGCUUCGGGGAGGGUUUUUUCCACAAAGAACAGUGACAAAACCAGUGACCCUAAAAUCUGAUUCCGAGAAACGUUAUUUUCCAUUCCUAGCGAAGUCGUGAAAGAGUGAGGAUUUGAAAAAGCUAGGUCGAAUCUAAACUAUGGAAAUCAAGUGAUUCUCCGAAAUGGGUUCCAAGGUUCCGAUAGAAAUCGUUGAAGAAGACGGAUUCGAUUGGGAAGCAGCAGUAAGAGAAAUCGACUUGGCUUGCUUGAACAGAGCAUCAAACGCAUCUUCUUCUUCGACCCAUUUCGCUCCUUCUGCUCAUCAACCAAUUACGAAGGACAAUGGCACUAAGCCUCCUGCUAAAAGACAAUCUACUCUCGAUAGUUUCAUCGGAAGGACCGAGCACAAACCAGCCCCACAGGCAAACCAUGCUGUUUCCGACCCGAAUCUCGAUGAAUUCGAGUGUGGUAAUAACGACAAGAGCCUCUGCGUUGGCAUUGAUCCUGAGACAGCUAAAACUUGGAUAUAUCCAGUGAAUGUUCCUCUUAGAAAUUAUCAGUUUGCUAUAACGAAGACUGCUUUGUUUUCAAACACAUUGGUGGCUUUGCCAACGGGACUUGGUAAAACGCUUAUAGCAGCAGUUGUAAUGUAUAAUUACUUCAGAUGGUUUCCAGAAGGUAAAAUUGUCUUUGCCGCACCUUCUCGACCUCUUGUGAUGCAGCAGAUUGAGGCGUGUCAUAAUAUCGUAGGGAUACCACAAGAAUGGACAAUUGACUUGACGGGUCAGACUUGCCCUUCGAAAAGAGCCUUCUUGUGGAAAAGCAAGCGGGUUUUCUUUGUCACUCCGCAAGUGCUAGAGAAAGAUAUACAGUCAGGAACGUGUCUUACUAGUUAUUUGGUUUGCUUGGUGAUUGACGAGGCACAUCGAGCUCUAGGGAAUUACUCUUAUUGUGUUGUUGUUCGUGAGUUGAUGGCGGUACCAGUACAAUUGAGAAUACUGGCUCUUACUGCAACUCCUGGAUCAAAAACACAGGCCAUCCAGGGUAUCAUUGAUAAUUUGCAGAUAUCAACACUUGAAUAUCGAAACGAGAGUGACCAUGAUGUUUGCCCUUAUGUCCACGACAGAAAAGUAGAACUUAUCGAGGUUCCCUUGGGUCAAGAUGCAGAUGAGGUAUCUAAACGCCUGUUAGAUGUUAUAUGUCCAUAUGCAACCAGGCUUAAAAAAUUUGGGGUUAAUCUAAGCAGGGACUAUCAAACUUUAAGUCCGCAUGAAUUACUUAUGGCAAGGGAUAAGUUUCGUGAAGCACCUCUGCCAGGCAUUCCACAUAUAAGUCAUGGAGAUGUAGAAUCUUGCUUUUCAGCUCUUAUCACUCUUUAUCACAUUCGUAAGCUCCUGUCUAGUCAUGGAAUAAGGCCAGCAUAUGAGAUGCUAGAAGAAAAAUUGCAUUCAGGGCCAUUCGCUAGGUUGAUGAGUAAGAAUGAAGAUAUUAGGAUGACGAAGCUUUUGAUGCAGCAAAGGUUGUUGAAUGGAGCACCAAGCCCAAAAUUGUCGAAGAUGUUAGAAAUACUAGUUGAUCAUUACAAAAUGAAAGAUCCAAGGACAUCACGGGUCAUUAUUUUCUCAAAUUUCAGAGGAAGCGUAAGAGACAUUAUGGACGCAUUAAAUAAUGUUGGAGAUGUGGUCAAAGCAACUGAGUUUAUUGGUCAAAGUUCAGGUAAGACACUGAAAGGGCAGUCGCAAAAAGUUCAGCAGGCUGUUUUGGAGAAAUUUCGAUCUGGUGGGUUCAAUGUUAUUGUUGCAACAUCUAUUGGCGAAGAAGGCUUGGAUAUCAUGGAAGUCGACCUAGUUAUAUGUUUUGAUGCUAAUGUGUCCCCUUUGAGGAUGAUUCAACGCAUGGGAAGAACCGGAAGGAAAAAUAAUGGUCGAGUUGUAGUUCUUGCUUGUGAAGGGUCAGAAAAAAAUAGCUACAUGCGGAAGCAAGCAAAUGGCCGGGCCAUUAAUAAACACAUGCGGAAUGGAGGAAUGAAUAGUUUUAAUUUUCAUCCUAGUCCAAGGAUGGUUCCCCAUGUUUAUAAACCAGAAGUUCAGCAUGUUACGUUUUCUAUUGAGCAAUUCAUUCCACGUGGAAAGAAACUACAAGAUGAACCUGCCACUGAGACUCCAACUUUCAAGAAAAAGCUUACAACUGCAGAAACAGAUAUGCUCGCCAAGUAUUACAAGCCCAACGAGGAAAAGUGGCGAGUGUCCUUGAUUGCGUUCCCUCACUUCCAGACAUUGCCAUCUAAAGUACACAAAGUAAUGCAUUCACGUCAAACAAGCAUAUUAAUUGACGCUAUGCAGCAUUUGCAAGAGACAACCUUUUCAGAGCAAAAUAAAAAUCUCUUCACUGAGGUUGGAGCUCCUUUGGGUGGAAGAGAGGAUCUUGAUAUAGGUUUGAGGGUUGGUGAUGAUCCGAAAGAUCUAUACCCUCUCGGUGAUUUGGAUGUCAACACAUCACAGAUAAAGGCAAAACAAGUUAUUGAGUCUCCUACAAGCACCUUAGAGACUACAGAGAAAGAUUUUGAAGAAUCUUCACCCACACACCAUUAUCUUUUCGGUUCAGACUGUGCAUCUGUUGAUACUCUGGGGAAGGUUUUUGUAUUGCCUGUUCCUCUUUCAUUCUCUUCUAAUGUGCUAGGGUCAGACUAUAUGCUUGAAACAGAAAAACAACAUUUUUGCCCAGAAAGAUCCCCCAUUGAAUUUCCUCCGAUAGGUACUUCCACAAAAUAUGAGAAAGAUAACAUAUCAUGCAAGUUAAAGCAAGGAUUCUCGCUAGAGAAUGCCGACGAGAUACUAGAGACUCAAAGCCUUGUGACAAGACACUCAACUGGUUUAGGUAAAGGAGAUGUAGCUAAUUUUGUUGGAGAGAUUAUGUUAUCAUCGGAUGAGGAUGACUGUGAGGACUUGGAGCUUAGCCCAAGGCUCACUAACUUCAUCAAGAGUGGUGUUGUUCCAGAUUCACCUAUCUAUGACCAAGGAGUUGCAAAAGAAGCGAACAGAGAAGAAGACCUUGAUCUUCCUAAGCUUUCUUCCUCUAUGAGAUUCAAUAAUGUGGCAGAAGAGCCUUAUUGCCCUGAGACAAAGAUUCAACAUAAAGGCAGCGAUGAUCACAUUACUUCAACAAACAAUGAAUUCAGAACUCCUCAGAAGGAGGAAGGUUUGGCCAACGGAACAGAAAGCUUGGCUGUUUCACCCAUGCCUGAGCAGUGGAGAACUCCCUUGGCGAAUCUCGCAAACACAAACAGCAGCGCUAGCAAAGAUUGGCGGCUGAGUUCUGGAGAAAAGUCAGAAACUCUUCAACAACCUCGCAAAUUGAAGAGACUACGUAAACUUGGAGAUUGCUCGAGUGCUGUAAAGGAGAAUACUCUUGAUAUUGCAAAGGCAGACCAUAACAGAUCUUGCUAUCACAGUGAUAAGCACAUUAGAGGUAAGAGGAAGAUGAGUGUGGAUAAUGAUGCCCGAAUCUUCAUUGACGCAGAAGCUGAAGUCUCUUCGGAAGCAGAAAUGUCUGCUGAUGAGAACGAAGAUGUGGCUGGUGAUUCAUUCGAAGAUAGUUUCAUAGAUGACGGGACAAUACCUACAGCAAAUACUCAAGCCGAGUCUGGUAAAGUUGAUAUGAUGGCUGUUUACAGACGUUCUUUACUCAGCCAAUCACCAUUACCAGCAAGAUUUCGUGAUUUAGCCGCAUCAAGUCCAAGUCCCUAUUCUUCUGGUCCCUUGAAGACUAUAAUCGAGAGCAGAAGCGACUCAGAAAGAUCAUUGUCUUCUCUCAGAACACCACAGACAACAAACUCUGAGUCAAACAAGGAAACAAUGGUCACAGGAGACUUUUCGGUAGUACAAAUCUCAGCAGAGAGUCGGAAAAGGAAAUUUGGCUUAUGCAACUCGGGGGAUGUCCCCGUGAUUAACUUGGAAAAUAAGUUCGCAGCUGAUGCACAAGUCAUGGAGAAGGAAAGCCGUGAAGUCGUGAGAAGCAAUGCAAGUGCAUUACAAUACAAUGAUGAUGGUGAUGAUGACGACGAUGAUGCAUUCUACGCGACACUAGACUUUGAUGCCAUGGAAGCACAGGCCACAUUGUUAUUGUCGAAACAGAGUUCAGAGUCGAAAAAGAAAGAAGAUGCACCGGUUAAACCUCAUCCGGGCAAUCAAAGGAGUAAUGGUUUGGAGGAAGAUGCACCAUCUUUUGAUCUUGGUUUGUGGUGAUUCUUCUGCUACUAAGUUAUGUGUAUACAUUGACAUUUGGUUGAAUGUUAGGUGUAUUAAGUUUUUAUAAUAUCUUCUCAAGUUAAUAGCAUCAAUGA